AUGGCGGCCAAAGCCAAGACCAUGAAGACAAAGACCUUGUUUGAGGAGUCGUCGCACUUGCUUGGACUUGGUCUGAAACAAGGCAUCCUCUUCCACGACAUCAACGCCGGGCAGCCCUGCUUCAAAUGCGGUGAUGCGUGUCCUGGGUUUGAGCUGCACUUCUGGCGCAAGUCAUGUCGCCAUUGCAAGUGCUCUCCCUUCUCACACGAGCCUGUUGACCAGGCCCAAGAAGCAGAGCCCAGCGUGCCUCAGCAACAGCAGGUUGGUCAGCUGUCCGACACGCUCAGGGGCAGGUUCAACGCCCCGGUCGUCGGCGCCAGCGAGCGCCGCGCCCAGGAGAUCAGCAGCCUUGUUUCUGGACACGUGAAGCGCAUUCGCGGUGCCCUGGAGCACGCGUCACCGUCCUCGCAGCCCGCCAUAUCCCGACGGCGCCCGCCACCACAGCUGCCGCAAGAUGCACCGCAACAGCAACAACAACAACAACAACAACAACGGCAACGGCAAGAUGCACCGCAACAAAUGCCACCACCACAGCAGCAGCCGCAGCAGGCGUCUCGUUCGUCGCACGGAAUGCCGCUGCCACCGCUGCCGGGGAAGCAGCGGCCCGCUGACUCUGGAUAUGUGUUCAUGACACCGAGCUCACUGCCACAGCAGAAACACCAAAACCAAAACCAACAGCAACAGCAACUGCAGCCGCUUGCACAGCCGCCAAUGGCGCAGGAGUACGACGCAUAUCUGGAUGUCAUUCCGGAAGACGAGCUGCGACAACAACAACAGCAGCAGCAGCAAUCCCGAUUCGGGGAGGGGCAGGCCCCACCGCGCCCGCCAAAGCCAGGUCGUGGCGGUGGCAGUGGUGGUGGUGGUGAUGAUGAUGGCGAGGUUCCACAGGCGCACGACGGUGCACCGCCGUAUGACACUGUCACUGGGGUGGGGCCACGGCAAGGUGGCCAGCAUCCACCGCAACAACACCAGCAGCAACACCAACAGUCACAACAACAACAACAAGAACAACAACAACAACCACAAGAGCAACAAGAGCAAUCUGCGCCUGCACGCCGAACGACGGCCGGGGAAGUGGACCUGCUCGGCAGUAAGAAUGUCCCGGAACUGACGCCUGAUCUUCCACUUGCAUGGAAACCAGAGGGGCUAUCAAACGAGGAGGCUGUGGACUUCUUCAAGGCGCCGUAUCCGCUGCAGGAGGUGCCCGUCGCCGGCACAGACGGCGAGCGGCGGUUCCUGAUGGAGUUGGAGGAGCAGCUGCCCGCGUACGACUUUGACCCGGAGUUCUGCAGCGGUCUCACGCCAGCGGGAGUUCCGGAGUUUGAGGCGCUGCUCAAGCUCAAGGUGCAGUCACACCAGCUUGGGCAGGUGUCGCGCGUGAAGAUGGACAGCGUGUGCUACAAGUGCCGUCAGCCGCUCCACGCAAACGACAUGCAAGUGACGAUGGCCGUUGCCCCCGGCGAGCGGUACCACCCCUGGUGCUUCCGCUGCGACCAAUGCGAUCGCGUCCUUGCCGGGCUGAAUGCAUUUGUGCAUGAUGACGGGCUGUUGUGCGAGCGACACUUCUCGGACAAGUACAAGGCGCGCUGCGCCGCGUGCGACGAGAGCAUCUACGAGACGCAGUUUGUGCAGGCCGAGGACCAGGCUUGGCACGUCGACCAUUUCUGCUGCUUUGCGUGCGACGUGCCUGUGCACGACAAGCCAUACAUCCCACUGGAUGGGCAGCCGCACUGCUCUGCCUGCUUCAACAAGCAGUUUGUGCCCCAGCGCAAGAACAAGCUCUCUGUGCGCCGUGCCCCGCCCCGGCCACCGGCACCGCCCACACCAGACACAGCUGCGCCCUCCGCCACUGUUCCUGCGCCACCGCCAGCCGAUGCGCCGCCUCCACGUCCGCAGUCCCGCAAGCCGUCCAGGCGCGCACCUCCACCGGUCCCACCAUCCUGA